AUGAACCAAUGUACCUAUGUCUCUGCAAAUUGUGUAUUGGAUUCAUUAGCAAAAUACAGAAAAUCACUUGGUCUAUCUGCCUUAUCUGUAAAUUGGGGACACAUUGGCACUUCGGGUAUUGUAGCUAGAACAGAAUCAGUCGGUGAACUAUUGGAUGGAAUUGGUUUAGAAGCAAUGCCAACCAAUAUUCUUUUAGGUGUAUUAGACCUUUUACUUCAAAAUAAACAAAAGCUACACACAGAAUACAAUAACAUAUUAGUUAAUAAAAUGAACUUUGAAAAGUUACAUUUUAUUGUCAAAAAUGGUGGAAAUUCAUUUGGCUUUAAAAUUAACUCAUUAAACGAUCAAAAGAAAUUAACAAAAGUUAAUAAUAGUGAAGAACACAUAGAUGAAAUUCAAAAAGCAGUAGUUUCAAAAUUAGCAGAUUUAUUAUCAAUAAACGAAUCAAAUAUUAAUACAAAUACAAUACUUUCAGAUUUUGGAUUCGAUAGUUUAUUGGUGGUACAGGCAAAAAAUUGGUUAGAUAAAAAGUUCAAAAAACUUGUUUAA